AUGUUAGGCCCUUUGGUUUCUGCAAUCAUGGGCCUCCUACCGACUCCUCGUGAGGCUGUCCUCCCUAUCAAACCGAUCCCGAGCCAGGAAUACCAGAAACCCUCACCAGAGGAAUUGGUGGACCUAGUCAUUGAGAGACACAUUUCCCGGGUGUCAAAACGCUCAGUUGUGGGCGGUGACGAGUCAUUCUUCGUGGCCGACUUAGGCCAGGUCGAGCGUCAACAUCUACGCUGGACAAGCAGUCUGCCAAAAGUGCGGCCAUACUAUGCGGUAAAAUGUAACUCAGAUCCCACUUUGCUCAAGUUCCUCGCCGAUCUCGGCACGGGAUUCGACUGUGCAUCGAUUGAAGAGAUGCGUGCGGUCCUAACCCAGGGUGUGGACCCGGCCCGGAUUCUCUUUGCAAAUCCAUGCAAGUCUCCCGCAGCACUGGCCUUUGCCCACCACGCUGGCGUGAUCCAAACUACUUAUGAUAAUAUCGAUGAGUUGGAAAAGGUGAAAGCGUAUAUGCCGGAGGCACAGCUUCUCCUUCGGAUUUACGCGGAAGAUGAUGGUGCACUCAUCAACUUAGGCGACAAGUUUGGCGCACAUCUAGAUACGACGGAACCACUGCUUUCGCGGGCGCGAGAGCUGGGGCUAGAUGUGAUUGGGGCAAGUUUCCACGUAGGGACCGGUGCCACAAACCCUAAUUCCUUCACAAGAGCCAUCAAAAACGCUCGCUCCGUUUUCUCGCAGGCCGAGAAACUGGGAUUUCACCCAAAGAUCCUCGACGUGGGCGGGGGGUUCCAGGACAGCCAUUUCGAGGCAAUGGCGACUGCAUUGCGCGAUACAAUCUCUGCUGAGUUUCCCAUGGGCGUGACUACCAUCGCCGAGCCAGGCCGGUUCUACGCUCGCAGCGCAUACACACUCGCCUGUCGAGUCAUUUCACGGCGGCGCCAGCUCGGAAGCGCUGCCAGUGCCGGCGUGCCGGACAUGCUAUAUCAGAAUGACGGAGUGUACGGGAAUUUCAUGAAUGUCAUAAUGGAGAAGGAGGCGAUGGUCCCAUCCUUGAUUAUAUGUGAGCCACGGCAAAUGGGCCAGCACCGGUACUCAAUUUGGGGGCCGACCUGUGAUAGCAUGGAUUGUGUUACGCCGGAGGUGAAUCUCGAAGCGGAGGUUGACCUGGGUGAUUGGCUCAAGUAUAGGAAUAUGGGUGCAUACACGAUGACUACGGCUACCCAGUUCAACGGCUUUAAAAGCACACGUGACGUAAUCUACGUCAACAGCAAUAGACUUGUG